AUGGGCAUGCAACUGAAUCUGCUGCUUGUGCAAAUGUAUUUGAUUGUUGGCGUCUUGCCAUUCCACGGAUCUGCAGAACAUGCCGUCUCUCCUAAUUCUCCUCUCAGCUUUGGCUGGAAAAGACACGAAAAGUUAGUAGCGCUACCUCCCAGAAAAGCAUUCCACCACGUAUUGCCUUCAGACCACUCCCCAGAUAAAGCCACCCAUCCUCAUAGUGCCAUAUGGCCCUCAAGUAUUGCAGCUCCACCUACAUCCUCUGAAGGUCCUGCAAAGAAAUGGGUGCAUGGUCCUAUAUCUUCUCCUUCAAUUUCACAUCACAAGCAUCACCACAAAAGCAAAAAGUUCCACAGCUCUGCUCCAGAACGAACUUACAGUCGACAAGGCCCUGCAGUCUCCCCCCUUCAAUCCUCCUUCUCUUCAACAAGUAGAUGGGCUGCAGCUGCACCAUCACCAACAACUCUCACAAGCCACUAUAAUAUGCCUGUUUUUCCACCUACAGUUUCUCCAGUGGGUUCUUCCCUGAAGAAUACGAAGGCCCCACCACCAUCACCAAUUCUGGCACUACCACCUCCACCUCCCAGUGAAGAUUGUUCAUCAAUCACAUGCACAGAGCCAUUAACAUAUACACCUCUUGGCUCAAGCUGCGGUUGUGUGCGGCCAAUUCAAGUUCAACUCCAACUAGGUGUUGCAAUAUACACAUUCUUCCCUUUAGUUUCAGAGCUGGCUGAAGAAAUUGCAGCCAGUGUGGCACUAAACCAUAGCCAAGUUCGAAUUAUGGGAGCAGAUGCGGUCAGUCAGCAGCUAGAAAAAAGCGCUGUCCUCAUUAACUUGGUACCUACAGGAAUAACUUUUGAUGGCACUACUGCAUUCCAAAUCUAUGAAAAGUUCUGGCGCAGACAGGUUUCCAUAAAGCCUUCCCUCUUUGGAGAUUACGAAGUUUUCUAUGUUCACUAUCCAGGUCUUCCACCUUCUCCCCCUUCAGCAUCCUCAAGCAUUUCUACUACAGAUGACGGGCCAUACACUGGAAAAGAAAACAAUGGAAGGGCAAUAAAACCUCUUGGAGUUGAUGUACCAAGGAGAAAAAGAGAUGGGCUCGGAAAAAGUAUGAUUGCUGUGAUUGUUGUAUCAUCUUUCACAGCCUUUCUUUUAUGUGUCGGAGUUGUUUGGCUUUUGUUGCUGAAAUGUGGACCAUGUCACUCACGUCAACUGGAAAAGUUUCCACAAACUUUGACAUCCUCUCCUACAAAACUCUCAGGGCCUCCGAGGUCGGUGAUGUUCGGAAGCAUGCGUGGUUCUGGAUCAACAUCCUUGAGUUCUGGCACACUGAAUUAUACUGGAUCUGCUAAAACCUUCACUUUGAACGACAUGGAGAGAGCCACUAAUAAUUUUGAUGCUUCAAGAAUACUUGGAGAAGGUGGUUUUGGGCUUGUUUACAGUGGCAUUUUGGACGAUGGAAGAGAGGUAGCAGUGAAGGUUCUCAAGAGAGAAGAUCAUCAUGGUAGCCGUGAAUUCUUGGCGGAAGUUGAGAUGCUAAGCCGUCUUCACCAUAGAAAUUUGGUUAAAUUGAUUGGUAUCUGUACUGAGGGCCAUACUCGCUGCCUAGUCUAUGAACUUGUUCCAAAUGGGAGUGUUGAAUCCCAUUUACAUGGCAUUGACAAGGAAACUGAUCCGCUUGAUUGGGAUGCCAGAAUAAAGAUUGCCCUGGGUGCAGCUAGGGGCUUAGCUUAUCUCCAUGAAGACUCAAAUCCUCGCGUAAUACAUCGUGAUUUCAAGGCUAGCAAUAUCUUGUUGGAAUAUGAUUGUACACCCAAAGUUUCAGAUUUUGGAUUGGCUAGAGCGGCAUUAGAAGAGGGAAAGAGACAUAUUUCAACACAUGUUAUGGGAACUUUUGGUUAUUUAGCUCCGGAGUAUGCAAUGACCGGCCAUCUCUUAGUGAAAAGUGACGUUUACAGCUAUGGUGUAGUCCUUCUUGAGCUUCUAUCAGGGAGAAAACCUGUGGACCUGUCACAACCUCCAGGCCAAGAAAACCUUGUUGCUUGGGCUCGCCCGCUCCUCACAAGCAAGGAGGGGCUAGAAAUGAUAAUAGACCCAGCCUUAAAGCCAUCCGAUAUCUCAUGGGAUAGUGUGACCAAGGUGGCAGCAAUUGCUUCAAUGUGUAUACAACCAGAAGUAUCUCACCGGCCUUUCAUGGGCGAGGUUGUGCAGGCCUUAAAGCUAGUAUGCAACGAGUUCAAAGAAACACAAGAAGUAGGAGCUUCAACAAGUUGUGGCCAAGAUGAUCUCUUCAUUCAUAUAGAUAGGGGCAACUUGGAAGUCUCACAAUCACUGCAGGAGCAGGAGCUGCCGGGGUUUGUUGCUGGCCAUGGCACCAAGAUACCAUCAACAUCAGAUCUUUUAAGUGCGCCUGUGGGACUUGAGGUUGAGGGGCAGGAAUUUGGGUCUUUUAGGAGGUACUCUAGUUCAGGGCCACUGAGGACAGGGAAGAGGAAGCAGUUUUGGCAGAGACUAAGAAGUUUGUCUAGAGGCAGCAUGAGUGAACGUGGAAUUCCAAUGAAAUUAUGGCUCUGA